GCGCGUCCUUGUCGCAGCACCACCUCCACAUUCCUCCGCUGCUCUUAUUCUGAAGUUCAUUCCGCCAACUUCCUUGCAGAGAAAAGCUCAUAAGUGAAGUCUGUGACAGUUCUUAUUCAUCAGGUUAUUGUUCUCUCAGGGCAUCGUGUCACUCCAUCGCAGCUGGACUGUUCGGGUUGUCUUUUAGAAGAGGAUCCGGCUCUCAUCCGGCGAGGUUCCAUCGCUCACUCCACGCUGACGACGAGACGCGAGCGGCGAUAAGUUGACUAAAGACCUGCCACUUUAUUCACCAUUCGAGUACGCUUCUUGUCUCUCUGGUGCCGAGUUGCAAGCCUGCCGGACGUCUUUGCGCUCGUUUCGGCUCGGCUCGACUCGGUUCGGCUGGAACUGGCUUGUCCAGCGGAUGGCAAGUUGGAGUUUGCCAGUGUGAGCAAACACUUCAGCACCAAGGACAGAGGCGAGCUGGCAAACAACUGGACAACAUCUGCGCGCUGUGCGGUGCGUUCACGGUCGCCCAGGAGAGCUGCACAUCAUCAGCCACGAGCUGGUAAGACAUCUCUCUGUCUUGAAACGUCCACCAUGCUGUGUCCACUGACAGACACUCUGUGAACCACCGCUUCCUUCCAUUUUGAUCACCUGACCCCCCCCUCCAUCCCGCCAUGCCGAGCGUCUCCCUCCCACGCCCGAAGCUGUCGGCCAAUCCGGCGCCUUCUUACUGGCCGCUGCACUUUCUGCUGCUCGAGCUGCUGGUGCCAGGGAGCCUGCCCAGCAUGUCCAGGCUGCCCCCGGCCGCCAAGCGUGAGAUCAUCAUGGACGGGGACCUGGUAAUCGGGGGCCUCUUCCCGGUGCACCACAAAGGCGAGGGGACGGAGGACUGCGGAAAGAUCAACGAGGAGCGAGGUAUCCAGAGACUGGAAGCCAUGCUGCUGGCGCUGGAUGAGAUUAACGCCAGCGAUCGCAUCCUUCCCGGGCUCCAGCUGGGGGCGCACAUCCUGGACACCUGCUCCAAGGACACCUACGCGCUGGAGCAGUCCCUCGAUUUUGUCAGGGCGUCGCUGACCAAGGUGCACGACCCGGGUUUCAUCUGCCCGGACGGGUCACGGCCGAUCCAGAAUGAAGUCCCGCUGGCCAUAUCGGGGGUCAUCGGCGGAUCCUACAGCGACGUGUCCAUUCAGGUGGCCAACCUCCUGCGACUCUUCCAGAUUCCUCAAAUCAGCUACGCCUCCACCAGCGCCAAACUCAGCGAUAAAUCCCGCUAUGACUACUUUGCCCGCACCGUGCCCGCCGACUUCUACCAGGCCAAGGCCAUGGCAGAGAUCCUCCGUUACUUCAACUGGACCUACGUCUCCACCGUGGCCUCAGAGGGCGACUACGGCGAGACGGGCAUCGACGCCUUCCAGCAGGAGGCCCGCUCUCGGCAGAUCUGCAUCGCCACCUCGGCCAAGGUGAGCCGCUCCAUGAACCGUCAGGGCUUCGAGAACGUGAUCCGCUCCCUGCAGCAGAAGUCCAACGCCAAGGUGGUCAUCCUGUUCACCCGCAGCGAGGACGCCCGGGAGCUCCUGGUGGCGGCCGCGCGCAUGAACGUGUCAUUCAUCUGGGUCGCUAGCGACGGCUGGGGGGCGCAGGAGAGCGUGGUGAGAGGCAGCGAGAUGGCGGCGGACGGAGCGUUCACCAUCGAGCUGGCCUCCUAUCCCAUCAGAGAGUUUGAGGACUACUUCACCAAACUCAACCCUUACACCAACUCCAGGAACCCGUGGUUCAAAGAGUUCUGGGAGCACCGCUUCGGCUGCAGCCUGCAGGAGCACGGCUGCAGCGACCGCAGCCUCCGAGACGGAACUUUUGAGCAAGAGUCCAAGAUCAUGUUUGUGGUCAACGCGGUCUACGCCAUGGCGUACGCGCUGCACAACAUGAGGCAGGCGGUGUGCUCCAACACGUCCAAGGUGUGUGACGCCAUGAAACCCGGGAACGGCAAAAGGUUCUACAAGGAGUUCAUCCUCAAGACCAAGUUUGAAGCUCCAUUCCGCCCCGCCGACACGGAGAACAUGGUGCGCUUCGACUCGGUAGGCGACAGCAUCAGCCGCUACAACAUCUUCCACUACCACAAAGAAGACGGAAAGUUCACCUACAGGAAGGUGGGCUACUGGGACCAAAGCCUGACUCUGAACACCACGCUGGUGCACUGGCGAGGCCCAGUCCCGCCCACUUCACAGUGUAGCGACCCCUGCAGGAAGAACGAGGUGAAGAGCAUGCAGCCUGGAGAUGUUUGCUGCUGGAUCUGCAUCCCGUGUCAGCCCUAUCAGUACCUGCAGGACGAGUUCACCUGCGCCGACUGCGGAUUCGGCUUGUGGCCUCUGGAUAACCUGACCGGCUGCUACGAUCUUCCGGAGGAGUACAUCCGCUGGGAGGACGCGUGGGCCAUCGGGCCGGUCACCAUCUCCUGCUUGGGAAUAAUGUGCACCCUGUCGGUGGUGGGUCUCUUCUUCAAGCACAACGAGACCCCCGUGGUGAAGGCGAGCGGACGCGAGCUCUCCUACAUCCUCCUGUUGGGAGUCCUCAUGUGCUACAGCAUGACCUUCAUCUACAUCGCCAAACCGUCCACCGCCGUCUGCACCCUCCGGCGCCUGGGCCUGGGCACGUCCUUCGCCGUGUGCUACUCGGCCCUCCUCACCAAGACCAACCGAAUCGCUCGCAUCUUCAGCGGAGUCAAGGACGGAGCUCAGCGGCCUCGCUUCAUCAGCCCGGCUUCCCAGGUGGCCAUCUGCGGCGCCCUCAUCUCCUGCCAGCUGCUGGUGGCCAUCAUCUGGCUCCUGGUGGAGGUGCCCGGCGUGAGGAAGGAGGUGAGCCCCGAGAGGAGAGACGUAGUCACCCUCAAGUGCAACAGCAGGGACUCCAGCAUGCUCAUGUCGCUCACCUACAACUGCAUCCUCAUCGUCCUCUGCACCGUCUACGCCUUCAAGACACGCAAGUGCCCGGAGAACUUCAACGAGGCCAAGUUCAUUGGCUUCACCAUGUACACCACCUGCAUCAUCUGGCUCGCCUUCCAGCCCAUCUUCUACGUCACGGCCAGCGACUACAGGGUGCAGACCACCACCAUGUGCAUCUCUGUCAGUCUGAGCGGCUCGGUGGUUCUGGGCUGCCUCUUCGCUCCCAAGAUCCACAUCAUCCUGUUCCAGCCUCAGAAGAACGUGGCCACGCUGCGGGUCACGGCCAACCGCUUCAGUGCCACGGUGUCGGCCUCCGCCUCCGCUUCAGCCUCCGCCUCUGCUCCCAGCUCCAGUUACUCCAAAGGAUCUGCGUCCAAUUACGUGCCAGCAGUUUGUAACGGCCGCGAGGUGGUGGACUCCACCACUUCCUCUUUGUGAGAACAUGGAAUCAGCCUCAGCGUCCUCAGCGGAUGCGUCGCCUGUAAAGCCCCCUUUUUGUACAGAUUGAAUAUGCUGUGAUUUGUUCCGUUUACACUUAGAUGUGCUUGACGUCUUUUUUGCAAGAAUUCAGUAGGACAUCAUACAAAACCUUGGGCAUAACGUUCAUUAACAGUUGUACUGUACAGACGAUGUUGAAGUAGCGUUUUAACAAGUGUAACACAAGUGUAAAAAGAAGUCGACCCCUUCAACUUGAAAAACAUGUCAAUAAAAUUGUAUUUUAAUCCCAUUUUUGUACAAAAUCCUACUAAAUUCUGGUGAGAACAGGCUCAUGUGACGCCUUGCACCGUGCCUUGUCCUAUCUCAGGGGUGUCCAAAGUGCGGCCCGAGGGCCAUUUGUGGCUCGCUGCUUUUUUCUUUAUUGGCCCUAACGGUUAAUAUGGAAAACUCAGCAGUAAUUUUACAAGAAUAAAGUCUAAAUAGUUGUAAUCUAACAAGAAGUAGUACUUUUAUGAUAAUUUGUGAGAAUAUGAAAAAAAUAUUUGUAAGUGAAAUAUGAAAAAAAUGUGAUAUUAUGACAAACAAACGACAAAUAAACUUGUAGUUUUUAGAAAAUUAAGUUAGAAUGUUAUGAUAAUAAAAUGUAUAUAAAAUAGUUACAAAUAGUAAAAAAAAAUCCAAGCAAAAAUGCAAAAAUUCUAUGAGAAUAAAGUCAAAAUAUCAAGUAAAAAAUAUCAAUAAUUUUUUCAACUGUCACUGAACAAUUUUGCUCUCUUGUUUGUCGCGAUACAAAAAUUAAAACCAUAAAAGAAAACCGUUACCAUACUAAUAAAUCAGCAUCCCUAAUGUUUCCAUACUACCAAAGUGGCAAAGAUGCAUCCUUUCAUUUUUCCCUACGUGGCCCUCGCCGUAAAUAGUUUGGACACCCCUGUCCUAUCUGGUCCUUAUUGUUGUUGUUGUUGUUGUGUGCGUGCAGCAAAAGUGUUAAACCACGCUAACUAUAUCUUCAUGUCCUUACAGUGGAUUUAUUCCAUGUUUUCAACCUUUGUGACCGUUGUGUGGAAAUUAGGCAACUAUACUGUGGAGAAUGUGGUGAUGUAGACACAGUAGAACAGGAUGUGCUUUAAUCCAACUCUUGUAAAUAAACAACUUUUUUUGUCAUAUCAAAAUACACAUAAAAAAUGUGCUUGGGGGAUUUAUUUCAAGGAAAAACCUCUGUCCUCAUGUACAUUAUACAGAGUCCGGGCCAUCUGUGUGUACACCCACACUUCACACACGAACAGG